CGCUUUAUCGUUGCCGCACGCGAAGCGCCUCGGAGGGAGCAGCAGCGCAGAAAACGGACAGAGGGGAUAGCGAAGAAGGCAGAGAGGGAACAGCUCGGGAGAAAUGGUGUGAAGGAGAGCGAGUCCAGUCCGAGUCAGGGACCGAGGAGCAGGACCGACGCUGGAGGACGGUAGUUUUUAUGUUUGUCGCCAUUAAAGUCCGCAAACUCCCGCUUUUGAUGCGGUCCUCACGGAGGUCUGAGCCGAUAACGGACUUCUUGGUCGGCUGAAACAUGCAGAAGCUGCUGCUGCUGCUGAGUUUGAUCCUCAGUUUCCAGACUGUUAGGACAGCGAGAUUCUCUCAGGAGCCAGCAGACCAGCCGGUGGUGCGGGGCCAGAGGGUGAUCCUGUCCUGUGUUGUCUUCAACUACUCUGGCAUCGUUCAGUGGACCAAAGAUGGGCUGGCUCUGGGCAUCGGAGAGGACCUCCGGGCCUGGCCGAGGUAUCGAGUGCUGCGGGUCCAGGAGCUGGGUCAGUAUAACCUGGAGAUCCUGUCAGCGGAUCUGUCUGACGACGCGCUGUACGAGUGCCAGGCCCCCGACGCUGCGCUGAGGUCCAGGAGAGCCAAGCUGACCGUUCUCAUUCCCCCAGAUGACCCGGUGAUCGACGGAGGUCCAGAGGUGCUGCUGAACGCCGGAGAGUUCUACAACCUGAGCUGUGUGUCCCGAGGAGCCAAACCGCCUUCGAUGAUUGAGUGGCUCAAAGACGGUCUGCCUGUGGACGGUGCCGCCAGCAUCACUGAGGUGCUUCCGGACAGGAAGAGGGUGACCACUCGCAGCUACCUUCCUGUCCACCCCAUAGACACUGACACGGGGAGGAACUACAGCUGUGUGGCCACCAACCUGGCUAUUCCCUCGGGCAAAAGCACGACUGUCACCCUCAACGUGCACCAUCCACCAACUGUGACCUUGUCCAUUGAGCCUCGAUCUGUCCUGGAAGGGGACAGAGUCACCUUCACCUGCCAGGCUCACGCCAACCCUCCUAUUAUGGGCUACAGGUGGGCUAAAGGUGGCGUGGUGCUGCAGGGAGCCAGAGAGAGCGUGUUCACCACCAAAGCCGAUCACUCCUUCUUCACCGAGCCCGUCUCCUGUCUGGUUUUCAAUGCUGUUGGAAAAACCAACGUCAGCAUCCUGGUGGACGUUCACUUUGGUCCCAUCCUGUUGGUGGAGCCGCAGCCAAAAACAGUCGACAUCGACUCUGAUGUCACCCUGAACUGUAAGUGGGCUGGAAACCCUCCGCUCACCCUCACCUGGUUCAAAAAGGGAUCCAACAUGGUUCUGAGUAACAGCAACCAGCUGCAUCUGAAGUCAGUGACCCAGGUGGAUGCUGGUCAGUACGUGUGCAAGGCCAUCGUACCGCGAAUCGGCGUUGGAGAGACGGAGGUCACGCUCACAGUCAAUGGUCCACCCAUCAUCUCCAGCGAGCCUGUCCAGUAUGCUGUGAGGGGGGAGAAAGGGGAGGUGAAGUGCUACAUUGCCAGCACACCCCCUCCAGAUAAGAUAGUGUGGGCGUGGAAGGAGAACGUGUGGGAGAAGGAGAAGGGGACGCUGCUGGAGAGGUACACGGUGGAGCAGAGCAAAUCAUCCGCCGAGGGCGGCGGCGUGCUCUCCACCCUCACCAUCAACAACGUGAUGGAGUCAGACUUCCUGUCCACGUACAACUGCACGGCCUGGAACUCCUUCGGCCCGGGAACCAUGAUCAUCGCGCUGGAGGAGACUGAGGAGGUUCCUGUUGGGCUAAUAGCCGGGGGGACGGUGGGCUCCACCAUCCUCCUGUUCUUCUUUCUGCUGGUCCUCGUCCUGGUCUUGUACCGCCAGCGCAAAGGCAGCCGCCGCGGGGUCACGCUGGGUAAACCGGACAUCAAGGUGGAGACCAUAAACAAGGAGACCCACAGCUUAGAGGAGGACUCCGGCAGCGUGUCCACAGCUUCGCGCAUGGUCAAGGCCAUGUACUCGUUUCUCCCUUCUGUGUCCUUCUCUCCCUCUAAUCAGCCUUUUAAAGACGACAUAGAGCUGAAGUCUGACCUCCGCAGCGACACCCUGGACACCCGUCAGGAGUACGAUCUGAAGGACCCCACCAACGGGUACUACAACGUGCGAGCCUCCACUCAGGAUGAAGUUCUUCCUGGGUCCCGCUCCACCAUCCACUACUCUGACUACCGUUCUCCUGGCGGAACACCUGGGGGCGCGGCUUCUAUCAGCAGCAGCACUGGAGGCUCGGGGGCCACUGUAAGCGGAGGAGCCCCCGGUCCUCCUGGGCCCCUCACCUCCCCUGGACGCCCACAAGCCUGCUACGACCCCCGGCCUCCGUCCAGACUAUCCCACAUCAGCUACGCCCAGUUCAACACCUUCACUCGUGGGGGUCAAAACCAGCAGCCCGCCGCUAACCCCACCCCUGGAACCAGUGACUUCCCUGGAGACUGUAGCCUCCUGGACUCCACCUCCCAGCUGGCCUAUGACAACUACGGAUACCCCUCCCACUACCAGACCUACCGCAUGGGCUUUGCUCCGUCCAGCCUGGCUCCCCUGGAGGCUGGACCCUCCUAUGAAAUCUAUGGAGUGCCAGCUGGGGUUGGCAGCCCCGGGGUCGGGGUCGGUCCAGGGGGUCCGGUUCCAGGUCCAGCUCCUUCAGGAUCGGAGCCUGGACUCGGGAAGUACGGCAGCUCCACUCGCUUCUCCUACACCUCGCAGCACUCUGACUACUCCCACAGCCGACACACACAAAGAAUGCAGACCCACGUGUGAGACAGAAUCAGAACCACCUCACAGUCUGAGCAUUAGGAGGCCUGGUAGACAUAAACACACACACACACACACACACACACUUUAAAUGUACUCACACACACCCACAUGCUAACACAGUGACCUAACACAGAAGAACAUCUGCACAAAGUCAGAAGCCCAUGAGACAGGGAGGAGGAAGAAAAUCAAAUAAAAACAGGGUGGAAAUGAAGGCAUACAGGAAAUUCCCUCAUUCCCGACGUUCCGAGCUCUGAGAGAGCAAACGGCGCAAGUCACAAUCAGGACUGGAGAACAGAGCAAGAAUCCGAGUGGGGACGAGGCAUCCUGGAUCCGUGGAAACCUUCGCCUUUUCAACCAACCAACAUUGUAAAACGAAUCUGACGUGCUGAUCGGAGGAAACCUCAGCCAGUGGACGCCAUUUCUGGCCAACAUUUGUAAUUUUCUUUUAGCUGGUCGACUUAUUCAGUGAUCAUAGAGCACAUAUACAGUAUAUAGUAUCCCAGAAUGCCCUUGUGUACAGUACGGUGGGGCCUGUUGGGGUUGGGGGGCGGGGCUGGGAGGGUUGGCGUCAUUUUGCACUUCAUCUCCAGUUUUCAUGCUUUGAAGUCUCUUAAACGUCUGUUCUGUCCUCUGUUUAUUUGCACACCAGACUAGAGCUUUGUAUUCUAUUUUUAUCAUUACAGAAUUAUUUUUGUUGAUGUGAAACAUGUCGUGUGUGUCGCGGACCAAACGUUUGAGCUCACAUGAUGGAGCGGGGAACGGUGCCAACGUCAGAACCUGGAUACGGGUUCACAUUUUUGUAAAAACUGAACAAACCUAGUGCCAAGCGUCCAUGUUGUCCCUCACCUUAGAUCAUGUAUAUGCAGUAGGAGCUCCUUCUAUUGGCAGAUGUUGAUGGAGAAGCCGGCUCGUCUGGGAGGAUUCCUCUCUGAGCUCCUAACGAGCAGCCCGAUGCCGACAGGCACAGAGAGAGGGAGAGAGACUCGCACGGUGGGUGUAGAGCGGCCUUAUGGAGGAACUUACCGUACAUUUCCAGUUUGAACCAUUCCUCGUUGUCUUGUCUGCAGAAACGGCCAGAGGAGAAUUUGCAUGGAGGUUUAAUGAAGGCUUGUCUACAGUAUUGAUAUGUAGUAGUGUGUGUGUGUGUAUGCAGGUAUGUGCGUCUGUGCACACGUGUGCGUUUGUGUGUGCGUGAGUGCAUGCAUGUGUGCACGGGUACGUGCAUGCAUGUGUGCGUGAGUGUGUGUGUGUGUGUGUGUGUGUGUGAGUGUGUGUGUGUGUGAAUGAGACAGAGCGAAAUAUCAAGAAGGAGCAGGUGGGUGUGCAUCAAUUUGUACAGAGUGUUUGUAUAGAAGUGUGCGUGUGUGUGUGUGUGUGUGUGUGUGUGUGUGUGUGUGUGUGUGUGUGUGUGUGUGUGUGUGUUACCUCUGUGUUCCAGCUUACGUCCAUCACAAUCCUGUUACAGUACUUUUAUACCUCUGGUAGGACUGUAAUCCUGUAUUAUUGUGUCUUUGAAUUUAGAAGAAUCCGAUGUUUAUCUUAUUGUACUGUUUGUAGCAGAGACAGCUGUUCAAAAGACAUACAACGAACAUUAUCAAACUCUCAUUUUUUAAUUUCAUUAUCUUCAAUAUUUUUUAAAAAUGGUAUGUAAUUAUUUUUCCACAGUAUUACAUAAAUAAAAGCACUGUUUUUUAUACAAA